CUGACAGGGUGAGAACAACAAACUUCAUGAAAUCAACCAUUGUGGUUAGAUUUUCAAAGGUCUUCAAUGGCUUCCUCUUCCCCCCCAAGAAACUCUUCCUUUUUGGAGGCGUUCACAAUUCCACUGCUUGAACCUGCUGCAAACAGAGAUGUGCCUAGUUCAGCCCUAGCACCCUAAUUGUGCUCUUCUAAAUUUCUCCGCCACUGGGAAUCACUAGAGCUGCCUACUAUACCUCGCAUCCCUACUUCUCAAGUCCACCGCUCAGCGACUCAGGUAGUAUCCCUUCUCCUCUCCUUUUCUUUUAUUCUUCUUAAUAUAUUCAUGGAUCCAUAGAAUCCACCGCUCCACCAUCCUUCUUCCCCCAUUAUCUCCUUCCUAGGUUGUUCUCCGACCACUAGCACAGCCACUGCUACCUGCUUGUCAUAAUUCCAUUAUUAAUAGACCAACAUGUUUUACCAGAAAUGGCUAUGCAACUAGGGUCCGCAGCAUUAAACCUUUGAAAGAAGUAAUCUUGCACCUUGCUCAAAUGAACCUUUGAAAUAAGUAAAACUUGCACUUUAUUCGCUAAAACUGCAAAUAAGCCGGGUUGACCUGAUCCGACCCUACCUCCUUAAACCCGAACUAUCCCAUGUUAAAAGAUCCAUAGGGCAGGAUCGAGUUCUAAGAUUAGAUUAUUAUUAUUUUUGGAUCAGAUUUAAAUUUACUAAAUUCAAAACGAAAUCCAAUCUGACUCAAUUUACUUAAUUUUUUUUUUAAAAAAUUGAAUUUCUAAUCCUACGACCGGACAGAUCUAACCCGAAUCGGAAAAAUCAUUGACCAUGACCCGUCCGCGUGCCGCGAGGCCCGCGACCCGUCCGUGAACCGUAACCCGCUCGCUCUCAGACCUCACUAUCCCCCAAUUCCCAAAUCACUAAUGCCUACGACCGAAAUCUCUCAUUCAUUCCCAUCGGCCAUCUCUCUCUCUCCCGUUAGGGUUCUCUCUCCCAUCGCGACCGUGACUAUUCCUCAACCCGUCUAGACCAUCGGCCGUCGGCCGUUCGUGAGCAUCGCCCAUCGCGAUCGAUCUCCACCUUAGUUCGUGCAGCGAAUCGGUCUCUUCGGCGCCGUCCGGCGACUUCGGCGUUUUCGUUCCCACUCUCGAGUUCUUUUGCGAAGAAAAUGAGUUUGAUUUCUCAAAAUAUGCUCCCCAAGAAACGAAGAGAGAAGAUUGAUGGAGAAGCAGCUGAUGGGUUGGUUGAUGAACAUAAACUGAAGAACUCGAAGAGGAAGAAUAGAGGCAGAGAUUAUGACUUGUUGGAGGGAAAUAGAGAGCAGGAGAAGGAGAUGAAGAAGCUGGAGAGCUUCUUGUUUGGUACCCUUCACUCCCCUGUGGAAUUUGGCAAGGAAGCUGGUGGAGAAGAGGAGGAGGUGGCUCAGGAUGUGCCUUUGUUCUUCGUGGAUAAGUCCACCGGCGAUGAAAUGGUAGUCUAUGAAGAGGACUUGCAUUCUCGAAUUGAAGAACGGCGUAAGGAAGAGAAGAAGCCAGCAUGGGUUGAUGACGAGGAGGAAAGGACGGAGGUGGACAUAGUGAAGGUCAAUAGGUUGAGGAAGCUUAGGAAGGAGGCUGAUGAGCGUGUGAUAUCAGGUGCAGAUUAUGUGGCUAGACUACGCGCCCAGCAUGCUAAGCUGAAUCCUGGAACAGAAUGGGCACGUAUUGACCAGAAAUCUGCCCAUGUUGGUGCUUCCGAUGAUGAAUCCGAUGAUGAAAGCGGUGUCACGGUUGCCCAUGGAUAUGAGGAUAUGGAAGGUGGUGAUAUUCUCCGGAGCAAUGAUAAGCUUGUUGUUAAAGGUAGGGAUAAGCUGUUGCCAGGGCUGUUGGAGUACUCAAGGCUAAUGAAUGCCAAUUCAGAGGAGCCUUCCAAUGGUCCUAUCAAUUCAGUUCAGUUUCAUAGGAAUGGCCAAUUGCUGCUGACUGCUGGACUGGACAGAGGGUUGAGGUUUUUCCAGGUUGAUGGAAAGCACAACACUAAGAUACAGAGCAUAUUCAUUGAGGACUGCCCGAUAUAUAAGGCUUCAUUUUUGCCUGAUGGGUCUGAGGUCAUAAUUUCUGGCAGAAGGAAGUUUUUUUACAGCUUUGAUUUGGUGAAAGCGGCCGUAAGUAAGAUAGGUCCUUUGACGGGGAGGGAGGAGAAAAGUCUGGAAGUUUUUGAGGUUUCCCCUGAUUCGAGCACCAUUGCAUUCAUCGGUAAUGAAGGUUAUAUUCUUUUGAUGUCGUCAAGAACAAAGGAACUGAUUGGAACUGUCAAGAUGAAUGGAAGCGCACGUUCUUUGGCUUUUGCUGAUGGUGGGCAGCAGCUAUUGAGCAGUGGUGGUGAUGGGCAAGUUUAUCACUGGGAUCUUAGGACAAGGAGGUGCAUCCACAAGGCUGUCGAUGAAGGGUGUAUAGUGGGUUCAGCCCUCUGUGUUUCACCAGACAACUCUUUGUUUGCAGCAGGUUCAAGCAGUGGAAUUGUGAAUGUCUACAAAAGGGGAGAGUUUCUUGGGGGAAAGAGGAAGCCAUUGAAGACCAUUGAAAAUCUAACCACAAUGGUUGAUUUCAUGAAGUUUAAUCAUGAUGGACAGAUUUUGGCUAUUAGCUCAAGAAUGAAGAAGAAUGGUCUAAAAUUGAUACAUGUUCCAUCUUUUACCGCCUUCUCAAACUGCCCCCCUCCCAGAUUUAGUUUGCAUUACCCACGUGCUUUGGAUUUCAGUCCUCAUGGAGGUUUCAUGGCCAUGGGAAAUGCUGGUGGAAAGGUUCUGUUGUACAAGUUGCAUCAUUAUCAAUAUGCAUAAACCAUUGCGGCAGUGGUCGGCAACUCUGGCUUGUGGUAUCAUACUUUUCUUUAACCUAUUGAGCUGGCAGUUUUUAAUACCUUCAGUUGUGGUUAGUAUUAUUUUCUGUGUUGAUGUCUUUUUGUUUAUUAAUGGUAAUCAAUGUAAUUUUUCCCUUUAGGAUGUCGGUAUGUUGGCAUGAAGUAUUGCAUAAACCAAAUUAGUUGGCUGGAUUGAAUUUGACUGGCAUUAUUAUUUUAAUUCUCUCUCU